ACGACACUGAGGGGAGGGGAGACAACACACACACUUAGUCCCACCUUCUUCAUCGCCUCUGUCAGAGAGGGAGCAGAGCUCAGGGAGGAUGUCUUCAUCAGAGGGGCACUCAGGACAGGACGAGAGCUUCCCAAGCUGUUGACACAAAUACAAGAGAGACCAGAGCAGAAAGAGGAUAAACCAGAGUGGAAGAGGCGACAUCUGCCUGUUUGUUCUUCCUUAAAGAAGACAAAGAGCAACCUUAACCAGCUGCCUUUCUGGAGGAGAGACAUCCAGUCUGCAAGUGCUGCCAGGACGCAUCUCUGUGCUUCAGCUUCAGAAAAGACUGAAGACCAUGAGCGGGGCGAAGAAAGGUGAGCUAGCCAUCCGGGACAAAGCCAUCCUGCACCAGCAGAGGCGUCUCAAACAGGCCACCCAGUUCACACACAAGGACUCCGCUGACCUCCUGCCCCUGGACGGACUCAAGAGACUCGGCACGUCCAAAGACUUGCAACCUCACAGCAUCGUCCAGAGGCGCCUACUAGAGGGAAAUAUCACGCGGCUGCGAGGGGAAGCCCGGGACCCGAGCUCAAGAGUUCGCUCCCCUCUGGCUGACACCAAAGAUGGGCCCGCUGAAGCCGAGGAGAGGAGCGAGAGCACAGCGGAGGACUCGACUGAGGAACGGGAGUCUUUCGAGGAAAGCGAGAAAAGCCUGCGAUCAGAUGAAGAGGAUGAUGACAGCGAGGCCGGCGCCAGACGUUCAGAUGAGAAGCCCGAGAGCACAGAGAGCUCGACCCACCUGGCAGCUUUAAUUAUUCAAUGCAAGUGCUGCGAAACUGAAGUCAAGGCAUCCAUCAACACAGGCAGCAUACACAACCACAUCUCCACCUCCUGCUGCCAGAGGCUGGGACUGGUGCCCAGUAAAGACAGUUCAACUUGUGGUGUUGGCAGUUCUGUGACAGGUCUGCAGCUGCAGCUGGGCAGCCAAACCGUCAGGUGCUCAGCCCAUGUGAAAGAUGAUGAGCCAUUCGAACUGUGCCUGGGUCUGCAGACUCUGCUGGACCUUAAAUGCUGCCUGGAUCUGAACAGUCGGGUCCUGAAGCUUCAGGGCUGCGGUGAGGACCUGCCCUUCUUGAACACUGUAAUCGACGUCCAGUGCCAACAUGACACCAACAAAAACCUGUGAGCAGAGUCCACGGCAUCUUGGUGGCAGCAGCAUGGAGCAAUGCCACCUGGGUCUGAACUGUCCAAUCAGUGUCUCUU